AGACGACACGUUGAUUCGUUGAGAACAACACGCACACCCACACGCGCACAUACUGUACACACAAGCACGCACUGAAGUUCAUUUGUUGAGACGGUCGGCGUUCUCCAUCGGGGCACUUUCAGCGGAUUUGCAGCAAACCUUUGGCAUGACGUUCCGGAGGAUGAAGAUGGUCAACUCGAAUGGGCCGGACAGUUCAGCGGUGGCGGCGGCGUCCUCCCCGGACAACGACGUCUAUUUCCCGUCGUCCCAGUCGGACAGCUGCCAGCGGACGGCGCCGCUCCACAACGACCCAUCGGAAGUUUACAACUAUAAGACGCUGGCUUACUCCGGAGGCACUUUGCCCAGAAAUUUGAGAAAGGCUGGCGGUUCGCAGAAAUGGAAGCCACAAAUACAGGCAACACCAGAACCACAAAGGAAGGUGGUGGUGCUGGAGAAAGCAGAGAAGCAAACAUUUGGUUUUGAAAUUCAGACUUACGGCUUGCAUCAUCAGGACCACAACACAGUGGAAAUGUGCACAUUUGUGUGCAAGGUGCACGACGACAGCCCGGCCCAGCUCGCAGGACUCAAAGUCGGGGAGACCAUCGCAAGUGUAAACGAGGCCCCUGUGGAGGGAUUUCGACACAAGGAGAUUGUCCAGCUCAUCAAGGCUUCCGGAAACACUCUCAGGCUGGAGACGAUUUAUAGCGACUCCAUCCGGAAAGCCGAGCUGGAGGCGCGACUGCAGUAUCUGAAGCAAACGCUCCAUGAGAAGUGGGAUGAGUAUCGCUCGUUGAUGGUGCAGGAGCAGAGGCUUGUUCACGGUAUCGUGAUGAGCGACGCCUCCGUGUACGAGUCCCUGGAGUCGGCGGGCGUGUACGGCAGCCUGGGAGCGCCCAGCCCGGCCGCCCGCCGCUCCCCGCACUGCACUGGCAGCACCGGCAGCAGCGCCAGCGUCCUCAGCACGGCCACCGAAGACGACCCCCUGUACCAGACGUGCCUUUAUCACGCCGGCGACUCAGACGCCGACGAGAGCAAAAGGCACAAACAGCAGGCGGCCAGGAAGCAGCGCCUGCGGCCCGCCAGCGAGCUCUUUGCAUCAGCCAAGACGCAGUUGACGCGCAGCGCCAGCACUCGCAGCUACACACGCGGGCCGGUAUCGCCACCCGCCGCUCCCGGCAAGCCACCAGUCUUCAGCUCGUUGCAGAGGAAACACAGAAGCUUCCGGAGGCACUUGCUCAAGUUCAUCCCGGGCUUGAACAGGCCACUGGAGGAGGAGGAGAGCAAACUGUGACAUCACUUCCUCUUAAGACUGUCUGGUCCAAAAAAAUCCUCAAAAAGCGUCAAGCGACCAAAGGCUGUUAGCCAGCCGCCAGUGUUCCAAAGCUGUAUAGAACUUUUAAGUUGACUUUUGUGAUUUAAGUUAUUUAUUUAUUUUUAAAUGUGUCUGGCUUUAAGUCAACGAUGAAGAUUUUUGUUUGUUUUUCCUGCAUGCACCAACCUUAAUAGUGACAGCUGACCAAUCAUUUAAGUUUGAUGUUUGCUUCAGAAGAAUGUUCUAUUUUUUACUGCCAAAAAUAUUGUUCCAAAAAAUAAAGAGACAAUUUCGAUUAA